CCGUACCACUCAGGAGCACCACCCCAGUCACAGAACACCCGAACACAGAGCAUGGCGCCGAAGGCAGACGCGCCCGAAACGGCGGAGCUCGUCGAGCUCUUCAAGAAGAUCGGUCUCACCCAGGCAAAGGCCGCAGAGGCGGCGAAGAACCCCAAGGCCGCGAGCACCCUGCGCACGAUCAUCGAGUCGCAUGAUCUCGUGCACAAGCAGCUCGACGACAAGCAGGCGGUGCUGCUCGCCGCGCUCGCCGUCCCGGGCAGCAAGCUCGGGGAGGCGGAGCGGAGCUACGCGGUGGACGCGAUCUUGGACGGUAGGCUGAAGACGACGGACCAGGUCUCUGAGGCUGCGAAAUACCUCGAUGCGCACCCCGCUCCUGUGAACGAUGCCGAAUUUGACCAGGCAUGUGGCGUCGGCUUCAGCAUCACUGCAGACGAGUUGGCCACCCGGGUGAAGGAGUACGUUGCAUCAAGUGCGCUCGCGGGGUGGAACAACCUUGGCCAAGCGAUUGGCGGCCUGAAGAGCACCGACCUUCGUUGGGCAAGCCCCCUGGAGCUAAAGAACGCGGUCGAAGCUGCGUUCUUGGAGAAGUUCGGCGCGAAGGAGGCGGCCAAACCCAAGGGCAAGGAACUUAAGAAGGCUGCCGCCGCAAAGCCUACCGCAUCGGAUGAGCAAGCUGCCGCAUCCUCGUCCCGUUCAGUCUUCCAAGAAGGCUUCCUCGGACACCUGCACAAGGUGGGCGGUAACCCGCAAAUCCAUCCCCAUCUCAGGGAGCAGCACCUGGCGGCGACGAAAGGCAUCGUCCACACUCGUUUCCCGCCAGAACCCAAUGGCUACCUGCAUAUUGGGCACUCGAAGGCUAUCUUCGUGAACUUCGGAUACGCGGCUUACCACGGCGGUCACUGCUAUCUGCGGUUCGACGACACAAAUCCGGAGGCUGAGGAGGGCCGAUAUUUCGAGAGUAUCCUGGAGACUGUCCGCUGGUUGGGAUAUGAGCCAUGGAAGAUCACGUAUUCCAGCGACUACUUCGACCAGCUCUACGAGUUGGCGGUGGAAUUGAUUCGGAGAGAUAAGGGAUAUAUCUGCCACUGUACCGCGGAGGAGAUCUUCGCUAACCGAGGAGGUGAGGAGCGAGGACCCCGGAAAGCAUGCGCCCACAGGACAAGACCCAUCGAGGAGUCUCUGGCGGAGUUCGAGAAGAUGAAGGACGGCACUUACAAGCCCGGAGAGGCAAUUUUGCGGAUGAAGCAGGACCUCGAGUCCGGCAACACGAUGAUGUGGGAUUUGGUCGCCUACCGUGUGCUCAACUCCCCACAUCACAGGACGGGAGCGAAAUGGCGGAUCUACCCAACAUACGACUUCACUCACUGUCUGUGCGAUAGCUUCGAGAACAUCACACAUUCGUUGUGCACAACAGAGUUUAUCGCCUCGCGCGAGUCGUACGAAUGGCUUUGCGACGCACUCGAGGUCUACAAACCCCGUCAAUCAGAAUACGGCCGUCUGAACGUCACCGGAACUAUCAUGUCGAAACGAAAGAUUCUCCAGCUCGUGAAGGAGGGCCAUGUUCGUGAUUGGGACGACCCGCGCAUGUACACCUUGAUCGCUCUCCGUCGGCGUGGUGUACCCCCCGGCGCCAUCCUCUCUUUCGUCAGCACUCUCGGUGUCUCCACAUCGGCAACGAAUAUACAAGCAGUGCGCUUCGAACAAACUAUCAGGCAAUACCUUGAAGACGUCGUCCCUCGUCUCCUCAUGGUGCUCCGCCCCCUCAAAGUCACCAUCGAGAACCUCCCUGAGGACUUCCUCCUUUGGCUGGAGAAGCCUUUGCACUCGAAGGUGCCGGAACUGGGCUCUUCAAAGGUUCCUCUGACUCGUACCAUCUAUAUCGACGAGGACGACUUCCGGCUGGAGGACUCCAAGGACUACUUCCGUCUCGCGCCCGGGAAGACCGUCGGUCUCUUCCAAGCCCCCUGGCCCAUCACCUAUGUCUCGCACAAGACAGACGCCGCCGGCAAGGUCAUCGAGGUCAUCUGUCGAGCGGAGAACGAGGGAGCGCCGAAGAAGCCCAAGGCGUACGUCCAAUGGGUCGCGGAGCACCGCGCAUCUGGCAGCCCAGUGGUCGUCGACGAGACGCGCAUCUUCCACCAGCUCUUCAAGAGCGAGAACCCCGCCGCGGCCGUGCCCGACUUCUUGGCAGACAUCAACCCGGACAGCCUCGAGAUCGUCAAGGGCGCGAUGGUCGAGGUCGGGUUCUGGCGGCUGGCGAAGAAGGCGUUUGCGGACGCGAAGGCGGAGAGCACGCAACGUACGAACGCGGCGCUCAAGGCCACUGCCGAGGCGUCCGGGCCCGUCGUCAAGGGGGCGCCUACCCAUGAGCACGAUGACACGCCGAAAGCUACAAGCGAGCAGCUCGUCGGUAAGGAGUGCAUCCGCUUCCAAGGUCUGCGCGUGGCGUACUUCUCGGUCGACAAGGACUCGAAUCUCGCGAGCUUGGAAGAGGCGGAGAGUGUGGAGGCCGGGCGGCGCGAUGGCGACUAUCUGGUGCUGAACCGUAUCGUGAGUUUGAAGGAGGACUCGGGGAAGUCGACGUAGCGAGGGGAAGUAGGGGAUGUCGUUGGGGAUGACUCUUGCAGGUUGUAUCACUGGAAAAUACUAGUGUUAAGUAGACGUGCGUAGAAUUGUACUUAGUAUGAGAUUACAGAAUCUAACACAGUCGAGC